AUAUUUGCAUCGUGUGUGCCAUGAGUGUUUGUGUGUUUAAAAUUGUUUUCUUGCUUUUCUUAUAAAAAAAAUCUUUUUCUCUGUGUCUUUUAAUUUAUAAAUAUUGAAAUAAAAACAAGUGCAUAUUCUACAGAAGUUAAUAUAAAAGUAUGCAACAAUGACUACCUCAUCAGAUGUAACAGCGGUUCGAGUUCAAUCGUGUCUAAAUUUACCGCUUAUUACACGAUGCAGAGAACUCACAGUAUUAAUUGAAAAAUCAAGUACAGCUGAUCUACAACACGUCUUCCCUGUUUUAAUACAUUCACUAUUUGGAAUAAACGAUAAUGUCGGUUGGGGUUUACAUUCCAUUAAUGCAAAGAAAAAUCCUCAGGAAUAUGAUACACUUUGCUAUUUUCUUGGUCCAAUGGGACCAAUAUUUUCUCUAUGCUACAAAUUACUUCCAGACUGUUACUUGAAAUAUAAUUUUCCAGUCUCCUAUUUACCGGCGAAAAUACGUUUAAUGUUGGAGGAAGGGAUUAUACCUCCAUUUUACUUGGACAAAAUUAAAGAUGAUCAUAACUCACGAUUACUGUCGGAACUGACUAUGAAUCCCUUUGAGUAUUACAUUUUUCAUUUUGCCUAUCAUCUCACCAAUCCUUGGCUUCAACAACCGCAACAAGAAAAUGUUUGGACAAAUUGGGAAACCAUUUACGUUCAAUUGGCACACAAUUAUUUGAAUCAUUUUUUGCCAAGGGACAAUUCGGCAGUACUACCUAUAAUUGGUCCAUAUGUAAAGAAAACUCCACCUAGGAAACUGAUGCAAUCACCUGAAUCAAAAAGAUUACAAACACCACGAUUACUGAGAACUUCAAUACUAUCUCCAACUUCAACAAGUCCAGUUUCUGGUGUACCACAACAACAAUGUUUACCACAAGUUUGGAGAAGUGAAACUGUUGUUCAGGUUUGCCUUGAUUUCUGGUUGGAAUAUACUGAGGAAGAUCAGUAUUCCCCAAAUCUUGUUACUGGAACAACGAGUUCCCUUCCACGACGGCAAAGUAUACAUUCUGGAGAGCACAUUCGUCUUGUGCGUGCACUUUUAAAAACAUUACAUGAAUUUGCAAAUAGUGCAACUGGAGACAAAAGCGCCAUCGACGAAUUGAAGAGAGUGAUACUUCCAUCGGUUCAAGGAAAAAUUUAUCUCUUCUUAAAAAAAGCAAUCCAUCAUUGGCCGUUGGAUAGUUCGUUUCGAUUGAUAUUAGAAGCUUGGUUGAGUUUCAUUCAACCCUGGAGAUACGUAUCGGGUGUUAUGUACAGUGAAGAAGGGAAACUUGAGGAAGAAGAUAAAGGCAAAAUACACGAUCCAAGCAGAUGGAUGUCAUUUGUGGCGAAUAAUUUAUUAGCCUACACGGCGAUAUUCCAACAACUUCUUCCAAGAUUCAUGAGAAUAGAUUUGGUUGCACCUAAAAAUUCUCUGAUGCUAUUCCGCGUGACGAAAGUAUUUUCUCAACCUCAUCUAACAGAAAUGUUGUCUGACAUUGAAACUUGUAUGGAUGACGUAGCACUGAGUCGUGGUAGAUUAUCUAAUAAUAAUCAAUGGACCGCGGUGGUACGACAGCAAAUUCUCGAACUCGAAGGACCAUCACAUCAGUAUACUCCCAUGUUUUCAGUAUCAACGAAAAAUCAAGUCCUUGAUUUUUUGUAUGCUGUACGUCAAGCUCAAUUAACAGCAAUCGGUUUGCUGGAAGCUUUAGAGAAACAAAAAAGUGGGAGAAAAUUGCUUAUAUCAAUGUGGAAUUUUUUUAAUAGCGACAAUCAUUCUUCGGAUGAUGUAAGUUUGGAGGAGAGAAGAAAGGUUCCCGCUUAUUUAGCCUUUGCACAAGAAAGACUAAUUUAUAUAUUCAGACUAGAAGAAGAAGAAUUUCCUCCUGCGAAUUUAGUUGCCGAUCAAGAGUAUCAUGACACGAUACUUUCCACUUCAUUUAGUCAUCAAUCUCAAUUGGAUUCAAGUUUGGACUCUACUAGACCUGGUGUUUACGUUCCAAUUCAAGAUGGAAAACAAAAUUAUAGGUACGUCGAGUAUCUAGGGGAUCCGGAACUUCAACCUGUUCGCAGCAACGAGAUUACGAUUUUAGUCCGAGCAUUGUACAAAUUGUGCACGUUUUUAAAUAACAAGUAUCAGCACGAUUUAAUAAGAAUUUAUAGGAGAAACGAUUUUAUUGGUAGAAUCGCACAUCAAAUUAUUAAACCACCAACCUUAGUAGUCAAUUUACCGAAACGUACUACAAGUGGUUUUACUUCCGGUUCGGAAGUUCGAAUCCCCCCUAGAAUCAGUUUUCGCGUUAUGGCCAACUACCAUGUUUCAGGAAGCAUACUUAUUGGAAUGUUAUUCUUCUGGAUAUUAGGAUACAGUAUGCCGGUGAUAUUUGGUCUCUCUGUAAUUUCUUGGUUAUUUUACAUAUUGGCACGUGCAGUAUGCGAACCAUGGGUAACAAACAAUAAUACGACUACAAGACAAUCUUCGUUUACUCAUAACUGACGUUUUAAAAAAUUUCUAAACACUUAUCCAGGCAGACGAAGACCUUAGAAAUUGUUACUUUUGUAGAAUAUCCUUUUUUUGACUGAUUGGGGAGCCUGAGAUUGAUCUACAUAUACUUAAGAUUUGUUAUGUAAAAAUGUAAAAAAUCUAAUUUCUUUCAUCUCUAAAUUUUUUAUAACUAUUACUUCUAUGUUGAUAUACGAAAAAUGUAUGUACCUACGUUUUGGCAUUCACGCCGUGACAUCCUCAGGAAUUGAUAAUAAAUAAGUUUAAACGUA